UGGUUGCUAAGCGACAGUCCCCACGCUAGACCUCAGUUGGUGCAGUUGUAGUCUCCGGGCCCCAAAAGAAAGAAGCCUUGGACCGCGGGACUCUCCGUCCUUCAGCUCCCUUUCCCCGCUCUGUUGGAUCUCACUUCUGCUAGUAGUCGUGUCAGCCCAUUUUGAGCCAUGGAAAAGAUUGUAAUGUCGUUGCGGAUUUAUCCGGCGGAGGUGCGCUUCGAAGGCGUGCAGGUCGGGAUGGUUUAUAGCGCCGACAUCAAGGUGAAGAACAUCGGCAACCACAACAGGAAGAUCCGCUUCUUGGCACCCCGGGAUUCCCAGUUCAAGUUGAACCUGAACAAAGACCCAAUACCACUUGCUACUGGACUUCAAGUGACAGCUACUGUGACAUUUAAACCUACAAAAGCAGAAGACGUUUUUGAAAAAAUGUAUGUUAUGGUAGCAAAAAGAAAAAUAGAAAUUCCACUGAUUGGAUUGAUUCCAUCCUGUCAUUUGGAAAUUCAAACAAAAAUUAAUUUUGGCACAGUCAUAGCUAAUAGCAAAGAAAUUUGUAAGUCGAUUAACAUUAGUAACCACGGAACAAUUCCAGGUUCAUUUGGCAUAAAAUAUACAGGGGUCUUACCUAUCACUAUACAACCAUCAAAUGGAAUUGUAAAACCUAAAUCAUCACAAACUAUUAAAGUUUAUUUGUGUACAGAUAAGCCCAGAAUUGUUAGUGAAUUGGCAAAAGUGAGUUUGCAGGGUGGUGAAGGCACAUUUUUAAGGAUUGAAGCCUAUAUCGUUCAGCAAAUAAUUGAACUACUAGAUAUGUAUGGGGAAAAAAUUUUGAAGUGUAUACAAUUUGGAACCACAUUCUUUGGAACAUCAAGGAUUGAACAUGCAAUUAUUUAUAAUAAUAGUCCUAAUAGUAUGAGUUGGGUAGCAGUGAUGGAGCAUGAAACAGUUGGAGAAGAAUUGGGCACAAAUCUUCAGCAAAGAAUAGAUGACACGUUAUAUGAUUUAUGCUACAUAAACAAAAUAAGAUCCAUAGAUGUUACCACUAUUAUUUCCUGUAUACCCAAUGAAGGGAUUUUAUUACCUUAUCAAAAGACAGUAAUUACAUUUUGCUUUAGUCCAAAAUUAUAUGAAAAUGGUAAGAAGUAUGCUGGUUCAUCCCACAGACAAGACUAUGCUCUUUUUUUGAAAUUUGAGGCAAUAGAAAGUAAAGAUCCUUUUUCGAAAUCUGCAAAAGGAAAAGCUGGUGAAAGUCAUUCUUUUCACAAAGUGGAGCUAGCCCUGACAGGCUCAGGAGUCCCUGUCUUAUUAAAUUUUGUUCCAGGAACAGACCUUGAAUUCACACCUUGUUUUAUGGGUCAACACUCAGAUAUUUUGUGCAGGAUAGAAAAUCAAUCCUCGUUAAUUCCUGUAACAUUCAGCUUCCAUAAAGUAGCACAUUUUAAAAUUAUUCCAGAGAAAGGCAAGAUAGACGAAGGAAGUAAUCAGAAUGUACUCUUUUCAUUUGUGCCACAUCAACUAGGCAUGUUUAAAGUAAAGCAGUUAAUAGAUAUACUUGGUUCUGUGGCAGAAGAUGAUUUUCAAUCAGUGAAGGUGAAACCUUUUCACCAAAUAGAGUUAAAUUUUACUAGUAUCUGCAAACCUAUAACCAAGAGAAUUGAGAUGAAAGUCAUUCCCGGUCUAACACCUCUGAUUACUAAUUCCACUGGACAGUAUGUUGUUGAUGAAACCGGACAGUACAAAAACUUUGCACCAGUUGCAAUGCUGCAAUCACACAUAACAUCCAUACAUAAUCACCGUUUAAGUAGAAACUUGAACAAAGAUGCAUUGGUUGCCUUUCCUAAUGACAGAAGUGCAAGCCUCAGGUCUGGAGAUCCACGUGUAGAAAUCAGGACCAUUUUCACAAAAGUUGAAAGAUACAAUUAUGUGGAUCCUGAAUUUGCAUAUACUAAAGAGGAACAAAAACAAAUAAAUGAAAAUAAAGACUACUAUGCUAACUUCACCAACAAUUUGGCAAAACAAAGAAUGCUGAGGAAGUCAGAAAGGGAAUUUAAACGCUCUGAUAAUGCAAUAGAUAUUGGCAUGGCAGCAGAAAGAGGACUGAAGUCACCUCAUCUCUCAGUUACACAAUUAACUGAAGAGUUAACUGAAUCUCAAAAUUUGCCUUUACAGGAAGAGUGUCUAUUAAUUACUCAAAAUUUGGUAGCAAAAGAGACAGAAUCCCUGAAAGGAAAGGUUGUUAAUUUAUAUAAGAGUCCAUCUACUCCACAAGAAAAAGAAGAUUGCAAUUUGACUUUGACACCGAAGCAACUUCAUCAAGUUGUCAUUGGACCAUCCGUCCUCAACUUUGGUGAUAUUUGUGUGAAUUAUUUAUGCACUAAAGAAAUUCAUGUCAUCAAUAAUCUGCAUCUGAAUAUUUUGGUGCAGUUAGAAAUUGUUCAUGAAGAACUAAAGAAGACAAAUCCAUCGUCUUAUGUGAUUCCGCCUGUAUCAAAUACAUUCAUUCCAAUACUAUUUGAGAAAAACACUCUGGGUACUUUUUGGAAAUCUUUCAGUUUCACAAUAAACAACAUUCCUAGUGGAAAUAUCCUAGUAAAGGCAGUAGUGAAGCCUGUGGCUCUUGAGUUAUCAGCUAAAGAAGUGGUUCUUAGACCUAUUCAAGGUUUCUUGGUGAAAACAGGAUAUAGAGGAACAGUCAGACUGUAUAAUCGGCGAAAUUGUGCAGCUAGAUUUAAAUGGCAACCCCUCGUCCAAGAAAAUGGGAUUGCAUUUUCUAUACGUCCCGCUAAAGGUAUUGUAGAAGGAUACUCAGCCCUGGAUUGUGAAGUAUCCUGGCUACCUAGCUACAACUCUCCAGAGAAAGGCCUGUUCAACCUUCAAGUGUGUAAUGGAAAUACGUUGCCACUAACCUGUGUGGUGAAGAUUGGUGCUACCAAAGUUGCCUUAUUGGCUCAUCAUGUACUCUUUGAGAAUUGUCCUCAAGGUUUAACAACAUGGAAGAGAACUGUUCUUCAAAAUAUUGGUUCACAUCAUGCUUACUUCAAGAUUUGUGACCAAGACCUUCUGCCUUUUAUUACUAUCAAACCAUCUCAUGGCAUAAUACCCGUAGGGGGGUUAACUUCACUCAAUAUUGCCUGUACACCAUAUUUUUCAGAGAGAUUUGAUACUCGAGCAAAGGUAAUUAUACGGCACGGAAAUGAAUUAGAUCUUAGGAUUGGUGGAUUUGUAGAUAUUGCUGAUAUAGUCCUCAGUGUGAGCUUUUUCAACUUCCAAGGUGUUUAUGUUGGCUCUAAAAAAGUUAUUCGAUUUUUGUUAAAUAACAAAGGUACAACACGUGCCCGAGUGGAGUUUGAUUUAUCACACUAUAAAGAUUUUUCAUUGGAAUUUAAAGACUGUGAAGUUUUCAAAGACCCUAAGCUUCUUAAUGCAUAUGCUGUAGAAUUAGAAGAAAAGAAAUCAAUGGAAUGUGGGCUAGCAUUUUCUCCCAAAGAAGUGGCAGCAUAUGACUUCAGUCUUCCAAUUAGUGUUAAUUUCACUGAGUCAUCAACACUCUCCUAUCUUUGUUCUGCAUCACAAUCCUUUGACACUCAAUUAUCGUCUUCUUUAGUCCCAUUGAUAGCUCCACUGGUACCACCAUGUACUGUCAAAGCUAUUGUAUUGAAGCCAACACUGAAAUUAUCCAGUACAGAAUUUUUCUUUGAUGUUUCUUUAAAUAAUCAAAUACCACUGGAUUUUUUUAAUGAAAUCCAGACUAAUGAGGGCCAAAUUCUCCCUCUGUCUCCACCCUCUCCAACAUCCAAUGAAAAGGUUCUUGAACUGAUUAGCACAUCAAAAGAAGUGGUAAAUUGGAAUUUGGACCUUACUUAUGCAAACAAAAGAGUAAAAGAUGGCACUUUUACAUUUAGUACCCUUUCUGGUUCUCUUGAACCAGGUGAAAUGAGUAGCAUUUUCAUAAACUUCUGUUCAAUGUGUCCUGGAAUAUAUACUGCAGAAGUCCCUCUUCAUCUAAAGGAUGAUCCUGUUUGCUACCGAUUAUUAUCUCUAAAAGGAACUGUGAGGUCACCCAAGCUAACUUUUGACCCUCCAUUAGUUUUUUUGACUCCUGUUCCUUUGGGUAUACAAACUGGGAUUGAUAUCAAGAUUAUUCCCCAGAAUUAUUUAAGGAAAUCAUCAGUGUAUGCCCGAGUUCCAACAAUUAAGCUUUAUGAUGGCCUUAUGAUUGAUGUCCUUUCUGUGGACUUUCCAAAUGGCAAAUUUAUUGAUGUCUUACCAAAUGGAAUAAAUACAGAACUAAUUUCUCACAUCAGUUUCAAAUCAAUGAAACCAGUGUCUUUUUCAGCUGAUGUGCUAUUUUUGGAUGAUGAAAACAACUGGUUUGCAAUUCAGAUUACUGCAGUAGCAGAAAACUGCCUUCUUACUGUUUAUCCAUACUUGGCAUAUCAUCUCGAUGAUCAAAAGGUUAUAUUGAAACAGGAUGAGAAACAGUUUUAUUCAAAUAACGAAGCACCAUGUCUCACUUGUCCAUUAGGAGCACUGUCUUCCAUCUAUAGCACAAGUACCAGUUCUAGUGAUUAUGAAUCAGUCCAGCAAAAAUUCGGUCUCAGUGUCGAUAUGGUACCUGAAAAUAUACCAUUACCAGUAACUGAAAGAUCAAGGCCAGAAGAUAAUGAAUAUGUGGGUAUGAAACAAGGACAAUAUUUUUUUCCUGAUGAAGGAAGAAAGGAAUAUUUAUUUUUUGAGAAAGUAUUAAUUGCAGUUGAGACGUGGUUUAGUCUCUUUGGUUGGUCUCAAGGACUUAAUCCUAUUUCUGUUCCAGAAAGUAUAAGAAGGGAUGUGUCUAAAGGACAGUUAUCCUUACCAAAUCUACCAAAAAAACAAAUGAAUUCAAAUAGUGAGUUUGCCAGACAUAAUAAAACCAUAUAUGACAUGCUAGCCUACUUGAGUGGACAGAUGUUACCCGGAGUUGCAACAACUCAGACAUUACCUAUUGAUGAUACUGAGAGAGUGAUGCACCUCCAUUGGCAGCAUUCUACGCUUCUCACCUUCCUCAAAACUCAAGGAGCAUGCCUUCCUUAUAUACUUCCUGAAUUUCUACUUGAACCAGAAGAUUACAAGAAGUGGAUUAAAAUGAAAGUUGCCAGUAAAGGGGAAUCUGAGGCCAGUGAAACACCAGACAAGUAUACUUUGAUUAUAGAGGACUCUAAGUUUGAAGCUAUGAGUAAACGUGUCUGGACAGAUGUGCUACUUCAGACAUACAAGGUACUUAUUCUUUCCCGGGUAGCACCAAUGAGUAGCACUAACAUGCCUACUAUAGAUAUAACAAAAACACCAAGGAUCAAACCAGACUUUUCAUCUAGUAACAUAUACUCUAAACCUGAAAGAAUUCUGCUUAGUUGGAUGAAUACAAAUUAUGAGAACGUCAGAUCCAAGAUAUGGGAUAACUGUAAUAAAGGUCUUCCUCCCCCUGAGAAAUGGAUAGUAAAUUUUGAUAAGGAUCUUUUGGAUGGCCUAGUUUUAGCAACACAGGUGGCAGCUUACUGUCCAUUUUUGAUACCAAAAUAUUUUUUGGACAUGUAUACCUGUGCACAGAGUCCUGAACAGCGCCUGCAUAAUUGUUUGAUUGUUGUGAAAGCUCUACAUGAAGUAGAUUUAAAUAUAGAUAUACAGGCCACUGACAUCUGUGAUCCAAAUCCAGUCCUGAUGCUGAUGUUUUGUGUCUAUCUAUAUGAAAACCUACCAUUUUAUUUACCUGCAAAGAUUAUUAAGUUUCCUUGUUCUCUGCAUUCCACUGUUGUCAGACAGCUUCUUCUGAAAAACCCAAGCCAGAAAAGUUUAGAAUAUAAUGCUAAAAUUAUAGGAUGGGAUGCAGCAGAUUUUUCAUUGCCUCCUGAAUAUAAGAGUGUUAUAAACAUUGCUCCAAGGGAUUGUGUUUAUAUCAACAUGGAAUUUACUAGUCGCUUUUUACAUCCUGCUGAAGCUGUACUGAUGUUAAUUUCUAAAACUAAGAGUGGCAGGAGGGGUACUACAAUGACUUUUGCUCUUAAGGCUGAAGUCAUUGAUUUCAAAGCCAUGGAAAUUGUAAAAUGUAAAACUCCAUGUUAUCAAUGGAAAGAAGUUACUGUGAAUGUUAAAAGUCCUUUUCAAACUGUCGGAGAAUUCAGUGUUAAUUUGGUGGAAUCCUCAACCUUUGUGUUUCAGACAUCACAAAUAAAUGAACUAAAUAAAGCGGCAAAGGAUGAAAACACUGGUUGUGAAGCAAAUUCAGUGAGUACUGAAAGUGGAAAUGAUGAUGAAUAUUUUACCCAAGGAAAGCUGUUAAAUUCAUCAAUUAAAUGCAGUUUCAUGAAAGAAUUCUUCUGUCAAGUGGACUCUCUCUUUUUAGAUGCUAAAGAACCUUCGAGUCUAAGUCUUCAUUUUCUUCCUUUUGAUCUAUAUAAGCGAUAUUGUGUUAUCAUAUUCACCAAUAAGAAGAUCGGGGAAUUUAUAUACAUUGUGGAAGGAACAAGUACUGUUCCUUUGCCUUCCAGAUUCCUUCCAAUAAAUAAUCCAUGUAUUUUGAAUUAUAGCCACCCUCCUGAUGAAGAUUUGAGCAAGGAUGACCCAGUUCUACAUUUGAAAUGUGAUCUCAAUAAUGUUCUGGAAUUGGAACUCAAAGUGCCAGUGGUUAAUAAUGCCAAGGCAGAUGCCCUAGCUUUUGCAGCACACCAGCAGAUGUCAUCUCUUGAGUAUGAACGAAGGAAAAUCACAGGAACACUCAACAGUAGCAGUGUACGAGCUGCAAUUGCACUAUUAGGACUAACAAAACUUGAGACCCAUAUGCUUUUUCAUAAUACAAAGUCUAAAUCAGUUUUAUAUUCCACGGAAUUAAGCCUUCCAGAACACUUUGAUAUCCCCAAGACAAUCUACAUUCCUCCUUCUCCACACAGGAAACUUAAAACAUUACAGAUGGAAGAUGCCUCAAAAUACCAACAAGCAGAUUUUGCCUUACUGCCUUUAAGAUUUAUUCCUCUUACUGCUGGACGAUAUCCUUGUUAUAUUUUGUUGUUAUCACCCCAUGAUAUUCGACUCUUUUCCAUUGAAUGUGUGGUGAAUGCAGAUUUUCCAGAUGCCAAAUUUCAAUUUGAAACUCCAGCAUUUGAAGCACUGACUCAGAAUAUUCCCAUAAACAAUGACACAGAAACUGAAUGGAAGUGCAUUGUUACUCUUGAAGGAGAUUGGUUUUAUGGACCUUCUGUUUUAUAUGUGAAAUCAGGAGAAACUGCUCAAUAUCCUCUAACAUUCAAACCUAUUUUGGAAUGUGAGGUUACGGGCUCACUUAAACUACGGAAUCAAACAGAUGGUAUUGAGCAUGUAUUUGAACUGAGAGGGAUUGGAAAAAAGCCGCUACCCCUGGACCAUGCUGUGAUAGACUGUCAAGUGGGAAAACUGACCAAGAAGCCUAUAGUUGUGCCCAAUUAUACAAAGGAUAUGCUGACAUACAAGGUAACUUCAGAUCUUCCAAUGGUUUGGGGAUGUCCGAGGAUUACUAUAGAGCCUGAUAAUGCGAUUUCUUAUAUUCUACACAUAUGCCCGUGGAAACGAGGAAUAUUUAAAGGUGCAGUUUCAUUUGUUGCUGAAGAUAGAAAACGGGCUGACUUACAUGAGAUAGAUAGUGAACAGUCCCUUCAAAAAUGGCUAUUAGAGACGUCGGGAAAUCUGGAUAACAAAGGAAGUGUUUCAGAUGUAAAAGUCUGGUUUUUCCUAGAAAUUAAUACCUUUCCUGCACCACCUGUAGAAACAAUUGAAGUGACAUGUGCCACCUUGGACACAAUUGGAAUCGAAAUAUCUAUUACUAAUCCUAAACAAAAACAACUCCAUUUAGAUGUGAUAUUAACAGACAUUUCCCUUAGUGGAGAAUCCACACUUACUCUGGAGCCAAAUGAAACAAGAACCUAUGUGUUCAAAUAUUCCCCAAUGAUUACAGGCUCUGUAAAUGAAAGUGUUGUUUUCCAGCCUCAUGUGGGUAUAGAGUUCUGGUAUUUAUUGAAAUUAACUGCUGAAAAGCCAAGACCAACUACACUGCCUGAAAUUCAAUGUUACCUUGGAAAGAAUAUCAAUUUGACUAUCCCUUUAGUUAAUACAACACGUGAAACCCUGGAAUUGAGAGUUAUCAACAGUAAUCCUAUAAAUUUUUUAUUGGAUACAAGCAAAAAAACAAUAUUUAUUGUGCCACCUCACUCCACUACUGAAGUGCCUGUUCAGUUUUAUCCUUCUGCCCUUGGAAGAGCUAACCAUCAAGCUUCAUUCACCUUUCAGUGUAAACAGCUUAAAGAAUGGAUAUUUCAUCUGUCUGGAAUUGGUCUUGUUCCAGUACCCUUGGAACCAGUGAUCAUAAAAACAUGUCUUGGUCGGCAUUUAUCUGUAAUUAUACCUUUCAGGAACCCUAGUACUGAACAUGUUCUUGUCGAUAUCCUAUUGAAAGAUAAAUACAACAGACCUAAGCUUCCUGCCACUUCCAUUGAUUACAUGAUCAUAAAGAGCACCGGUUUCAAUUUCACACUUAAGCAAACACAAGAAAUACCAUUACCUCCUAAAGGAACGUUGGACAUUCCUGUGUUAUUUGUUCCUCAUAUUAUGAAAUUGUAUGAAGCAAAGGUGAUUGUCCAGAUAGUGAGGGCAAAUGGUGAAUACUGGCCUUAUGAUAACCCAGAAGAAUUGGGCCCAGGUCUGCAAAGCUUGAAAAGAACAAAAAAUGGAGAUAUCAGCCACAUACUUUGGGAAUACCCCAUUAAAGGAAUACCAAUAGCCCCACCUCCUAAAACACACCAAGCUACCUUAAGAAGUCGAGCCAGGGAACGAGUAGAAGAGACAGUACACGUACUUCUAACUGGUGUGGUUUUUCAAUCACCGGAACAACGAGAAUUAGUGGUUAUUCCAAAAAAACCACCUGUGGAAGAUGAUCAGAACCAAGUACCAGUAAAUAAUGAUUUGCCUGAAGUACAUGAAUUUCAGUAUGAAAUUCAAUUUGAAUCUGAACUCAUGAAAUCCAACUUGGAAUCUUGUAUUGCAUUAUAUCUGGUCAAGAAAAAGCAAAAUGUAGAAAAUGCAGUUAUAUCACUAGCCUUCAAUAUAGUGUUUGCACCAAAGAAGCCAAUUAGAUCUGUAAUCACCUUGGCGGUUCAAUGUAGCACAGAUGGGAUAUGGAACUUUCCAGUAACUCUGACUGCCACUGAGCCAGACGUGGAUGAUGUUAUCAAUAUUGAAGGGAUUGGCUUGUUCAAGGAAUCUUCUGUUGCCUUUAGGCUGACAAGUCAGACACAGUACCCAGAGUCAUUCACUGCAUACUUCCUGCCAGGCAGUGAUCGGGAAUUUUUUGUAAAACCUCAGAUGGGUGAACUUCUUCCAAUUCACACUGCUGGAACACUUAUCAGUGUUGGAUUCAAACCACAAAUGUACAGCAGGAAGCAUCAGGCAACAUUAGUAAUACAGACAGAAAAUAUCUACUGGAUGUAUCAGAUCAAUGGACUGCCACCAAACACAGUACCACCAACAAAUGUAGCAGCCAGAAUUGAUUCCAUUCAUAAGAACAAGAGAACCAUCCCAGUUCAGCAGCGCAACUUUAUCCAGGAAAACACUAAACUAAUCACCACAGGGGUGUCCUCAACCAUCAAAGGUGCUCCUUUGAUCUUGAGAAAACAAUAAAUUGUCUUUUAUUCUCUAAAUAUAU